CUCUCUUCCUCUCCUCCAUCUCCCUCCUCUCCGCCUCCUUCCUUUUCGAGCAAAGCCAAUAGCAAAACCCUCAGAAAAAUGGCAGCUUUCCACAAAAUCCAGACCAUAAGAUUAAACCACUUAAACCUGUUCACUCUCUUAAACAGAUUCUACCAUGUCAAACCAAAUCUGGGUUCCGAUUCUCCAACCCCAAACUCUUCUCCAACACCGAAAAAACAACCCAAGAACGUCGCAAUUUUCUGGGAUUUGGACAACAAACCGCCGAGCCCAUUUCGGCCAUUCGAAGCCGCCCUCAAGCUCAAGAAAACCGCUUCCUCUUUUGGGUUCGUCCGAGACAUGAUCGCCUACGCAAAACCCACUAGAGAUCAGAGAAGAAGAAGAACCCAGUUGGAGAACACGUGUGGUGAGUCUUUUCAUUGUGGGGUUUGUGGGAGGAAUUUCUAUAACCAUGAGAAGCUCGUUAAUCAUUUCAAGCAGAUUCAUGAGAGAGAGAAUUCGAAGAGGUUGAAUCAGAUAGACUCUGCUAGAGGAAGUAGGAGAGUGAAAUUGGUGGCGAAGUAUUCAAUGAAGAUGGACAAGUAUAAGAAGGCUGUGAGGGAAGUUUUGACGCCAAAAGUUGGCUUUGGAUUAGGAGAUGAGUUGGAGAGAGCUGGUUUUUGGGUUGGGAAUGUGGGGGAUAGGAAGAGUCAUAUGGUGGCGGUGAUGGAGAAGAGGAGGGCCGAGUGUUUGGUGCUUGUGUCGGAUGAUUAUGGAUUUGUGGAAGUUCUUCAAGAGGCUAAGAAGAGGUGUGUCAAGACUGUCGUUGUGGGGGAACGCGUCGAUGCUGGCGGCGGGGCUUUGAAGAGGUUUGCAGAUAGCGGAUUUUGUUGGAGGGAGAUCAUGAUGUGGAAGGCGAAGAAGGAGGCGGUUUCGGUCGUCGGGAAGUGGAAGGACCAGGAUGUUUUGGAGAGGUUGGAGUGGAGAUAUGACCCUGAGGUGGAGAAGAAGAGUUUGUGUGGUUUGGAUGAUGAUGAUGGUGAUGGUUGUGAGCAGGUUGAUAAGAGCAGUUCUUGGUGGGAAUUGGCGUCAGAGAGAUAAUCAGGUAAUCUACUACCUAAGGGAAUGAUAUCAGAUGAUUCAAUCUUGUGUAAUUGUAUAUAGUGACUGAUUUUGAUCAAGUUCACUUGACCUUGUAUUGGUUAGUGUAACCUGAAAUUUUGUGUGAAAGUGAGGGAUGAGUUUGGAUUGUGACUUCUUGUUCAGCAAUAUACGCAUUAUGAAUAUCAUGAAUGCACGUUUCUUAAACUUUGCUAGUUAACAAGCUAUAUUUUAGUU